CAAAAUAGCCCUCGCUCGCAUCCUCCCUCCAUCGGAAACUGGUACAUUGGAAGAACCUUUGAUGCGUGUCGACACAGUAAAAGGCCUCGCCGUUGUUGUCGUUGUUGUUGUACGGUAAAGGUGAACCGUCGCUUCCAGCAGUUACUCCAUACAGUAUUCGAAGGCACAGCGAGGCACGGUCAGGAGAGUUAGCUAGCUAGCUAGCUAGCUACGACACAGAACAGAAACACACCCGUUCCAAGCACGAGAAAAGGGUCAGAUCAGAUCAACCAUGCCCGUUUCAUCAUCAGCACAGGGUCUGUGGGGUUUGUUUCGAAACAACAGUACCAAACAGCUGGGGAAGUGGAUGGUUCUGUUGAGCUUGGGGCUGCAGGGAUUCGUGGUUGUCCGACUCUUUCAGGGCAAAUUGCAUCUCUUUGACGAAGAUUAUUUCCACGAUGAUGCUUUGGUGGAUCCAUCGCCCUACACUGCCCGACGGCAUGCCCUCGUCAGCCAUAACGUCAAUAACAACAAGAAUACAACCCACGGCAUUCAGCUGGACGUGAUGGUCCCUGUAUUCCAACGAGACGAACGAUUAGUGCAGUUUGCCAUUGAUUUGGGAACCGCCAUUGGCGAAUACCGGCGAAAGCAAAAGACCAUUUCCAAUUACAAGAACCAGAACAAGCAAAAACAUGCCUCCAUUCAAACAUUUCGAGUGUUGGUGACUCGAUUUACCAGACGGGAAAAAGCCGACAGUCAAAAAGUCCAGCGACUCAUAGCGGCCCUCACGGAUCUGCCAAUAGAAAAUAUUGUCAUGGUGAAUGCCCCCAAAGAUGCCACAUUUUCCAGAGCACUGGCACUCAAUCUACUCCAUCAAUCGGCAUGCUAUCGCAAGACCUGCAUGGUGUCACGAUUAGAUGUCGAUAUGGCUGUCAAGGCAGAAUUUUUCCAACAUGCCGUGGAAGUCAUUAUACUCCGGCAGUAUCCACCCAUCGACAAGGAUUAUUACAGUCCCACCAAGCAGGAAAUCACCAACAUGGAUCCCGCCGAAUACAACAAGUAUCCUCCCGCCUAUUUUCCCAUUGUCUGGAGUGAAUACGAUCCAUUUCCAGUAAAGCUGGUGGAAGAAGCCUAUAAACGAAUGGGCAAAAUUCCUCUCUCCAAAUAUUCCGAACACCGCGGACAUUGGAGACACUACGGCAAGGGCAUGUAUGUAUUGACCGGACCCGAUGCCAAGAUUCUGCAAUUCAAUACUACGUAUCAAGGAUGGGGACUGGAAGAUACCGAUUUCUACAAUCGAACCGUGGCACUGCCACGACGAAUUGUUCGACGAUUGGAACCGGGUCUGGUACAUGUCUGGCAUCCCAAAAAGUGUCGCAUGGGUCUGGAUAUUAUGACGGGGGAUCAACUGGACCGCUGCAAAACGGCCCAGUCUCUGCAAGAAGGAUCCAAAGUGGGAUUGGACAUGCUCAAACUGUUUUGGCGCGGUGUGGAUAAACAAGUCGUCACCAAAGUGGUCGUUCCCACUACCAAGGAACAACAACCACCAAAGGCUUCCAAAAGGACCCACCCAAAACCAUCCAAAGGUGGUGACAACAACAACAACAAUGCCGAUGAAGCAGAGAAUGAUGAUAUGACAUCGACACCACAAGGAAAAUGGUAAUAGCAGAAUGCUUUGCCGCCCGCAAAAAUAUGAAAGCCACGGAUCAACCGGGCAACCUGACAACCAACAAUGAUUGCAUCAGUCGCCAACGGCUAUAUGGAGCUAGUUGUACUGUACCAUGUACUGUAGCUCGACUGAUAGAUAAAUAAAUAAUAAUAAGCUAGCCUAGUUUUGUAUU